AUGAUGCCUGCAAGCGUGAUGUCUGAUGAAGAUAGGAUUUGGAUGAAGAGAUUAGUAGCAAAGCAUAAACCUGAUGGAAUAGAUUAUGACAUCAAGCCUAUUUUUGGUAUUGUUGAGGAUACUCUUACACAUUGUUCCAUCUUGAGUUUUGAGGAUGCCAUAAUGGAUUCCCUUCCACCUGUUGAAGACAGAAGGCACCAUCCUGGCUACACAAAAUUGCUGGAGGCUUUCUCUACUAAGAUUGAGCUGAUAUCCUCUGAGAUUUCCUGCAAGACACUCGGUGGUGUAGAUGAACACUCCACAACAGUUGCAAUAUUUGACGUGCUUACAAUGUACAAUUGGGAUGUGAAGAUAGUGUUGGCCUUAGCCGCUUUUACUGUAACCUACGGUGAAUUCUGGCUACUUGUUCAUGUUCAUGGUACAUACCAGCUUGCCCAGACGUUGGGGAUUCUGAAGCAAUUACCUAGCAUCAUGGAGCAUGCAAGCUCGUUGAAACCACGGUUUGAUACCCUUAAUCAUCUAGUUAACAUCACAUUGGAGGUAACCAAGUGUAUCAUAGGAUUCCAUGGUCUGCCAACUCAAUACACCACUGCCUAUAACUAUAUCCCUAUUGCUUGCUACUGGAUCCUUAGAAGUAUUGUGGCUUGCACAGCUCAGAUUAGAAGCCUCACUACACUUGGGAUCCUCACAUCUACGGAUACGUGGGAUCUGUCCUCGUUGAGUUUCAGACUCAUAAACAUAAUCGACCAUCUGAGUCAGGAACUAGAUAGCUGGCGGGAAUGUAUAGAUAAACAACCUGAAAUGAUGUCAACAGGGAGUGCAUCUAAGAUGGAUGAUGAAGCUUACGCAAAGCUAGGUGAUUUAUUAAAAAAACCUCACAGUGACAACAUGGAGGUUCUUAAGGCUUUGAUCUACGAGCAUGAUGACAUUCUUCCUCUAUAUGAUGGUCUUUCCAAGAAAAGGGUUUGA